AUGAGUGAAGAGCGCUCGUUCUCUAUGGAGAUUCCCAUCCGGCCUCGAGAGCCGCGUCACCGCGAUGACUCCGUUGCGCCGCAGACAAAAGUCGAAGAGGCCAUUCACUCGCCAUUCGAACACCACUUUCGCUUUUCUCAACCCCAACCGCAUCACGCAAAAUGUCCCGAAGGCUUGAAGAUCAUCUCGAGCGCGUUCAACAAGGUCAACCGCGACCGGUCCCCGACCUCGUCGACGAUGAGCUCAACCCAUGUCCCGGACUCUGCGACUACGUGCUCCAUGCCCAUGUCGCCCACAUCGUCAACGUUUACGCGAGCGACCACCCCGGAUCUCGACGGGCCCGAGCGCUUGCCGACCCCGUUCCUCGCGACGAGGUCCCGGACGAGCGGGCACCGGUACCGGGAGUCGUGCGAUUCCGGGUCGACCUUCGUGAAUUCCAUCAACGAGGAGAGGUUUCCGGCGUAUCCGGACUCGUAUGAUGUGCGCUUCAAGGAGGAGAUGUUGCCGCGCAUGGAUAUCCAGGAGCCAGAAGACGAUGACACCAACGACGCCCCCAAUGAUUUGCGACAUUCAGCGGGAACCCCCAGACCUCCGAGCAUCGAUGAAGCGCCCGAGUCUCCUCGAGUGAGUGCGGUACCGGCUCGCCCAUUGAAUGGAAGAAUGAGUUUCGACUCCGGCUCCGACCGUCUUUCGCGGGCUUGGGAACCGGUAACCCCGACGCCGAUUGAUUGCUCCAACGAGGAGGCCGACGCCGUUCUCAACUACGUCUUGCAGGUCGCCUACGGCGUGGAGCUCGACGAGGUCACCAUGCCCCCGGUCUUCCUCCGUCAAUUCGUCUUUCGAUUCAUUCAAGACAUUGGCAGGCUUGCCUUCAGCGGCUUCCCCGUUACCCAGCUUACGCACACAACAUCUACCUCUUCCAACGGGUCGGUGCCUCUUGCGAGAAGAUCUGGGUCCGGCCGGGGGUCCCAAAACGGUAAACGCAAGAAGGGCGAUGCCGGCCGGGCAGACGGUGAAGAAGACGGCGACGACUUGACCGAAGACGAGGGUGACUCCAAUGUUCCUUACAAGAGGGCGAGGCCCUCGCCCAGGGAAGCGGAGGAGAACCUGAGACUGAGCUGCCCGUUCCGCAAGAGGAACCCUCAUCGAUUCAACGUCAGGGAACACCACUCGUGUGCGAUGACUUACUUUCCCAAAUUCGCUGAGUUGAGACAACACAUUGUCAAGCAACAUAAGCGGCACGACCCCUCGGCAUUCAUGUGCGAUCGGUGCAACCGAGAUUUCCCUAGUAAAAAGGACCUCCGAGAUCACCAACGGCUGCCCAGAGAGCAGAUGUGCGAGGUCUCUGACCACGAUCCCGAGUCUGGUAUCGACGGUCCCACCAUGACGAAGUUGCUUUCCAGGAAGCGGGCGAGCGGCAUGACUCCCGAAGUGCAAUGGAAGGAGAUCUGGAAUCUUCUCUUCCCUGACGAUGCCGACUAUCACGUCAAGCCGUUUGACUUCUGUCCCGUCAUUGAGCACUUCGAGUUGCAGACCCAGUUCAUGAACAGUCUCAAGGCCGUUGAGGGUAACCUCCGAAACAAGGGUCUGAAUGAGCAGGCGCUUGAGACUAUUGGCAACAUCUACCGCAACCAGUUCAUGCAGGUGAUCGACCAGUGUAUCGCCAACGCGCAGAACAUGCCUUAUUCCAACAGGAGUAACCGCAAGAACGAGCCGUCACCGUCGCGGUCCCUGGUCCCUCGCCACGUAACCCGCACCAUCCCCCGACCGGACUCUGGUGUCGAUGUCGACGAGGGUUCAGAGGACAGUCAAUCGGUAGCCGUCUUCUCUGGAGUCUUUGAUGGCCAGGGCAUGCUGGGCCAUUCGGAUAGCGUGCGAACUGUCCGAAGAGUGUCUUCCACCUCUUCCGAAGCCAUGGGCUCGGUGCCGCCCCAUACACUGCAGCCCUUGAUGGAGCAAGUGCCGGCCCCAGACCUGGGCCUUGGAGGAGACUCUUUCGCGCAGAUGCUGCAGCAGCAACAGCAGCACACCCCUGAACAGCGACAACGGGGACUGGAGCAGAUGGCCCCUUUCAUGCCCAUGGCGGGAAUGACGCCCGAGAUGGCAGCACAUAUUUGGGGUUACCAAGGCAGCAAUGUUGCACCAACACCACCACCAGGCCAGAUGGACAUGUUCGUUCCAACAACCGAUGGGGGUGAGCAGAGCCAAUUCCUGGAAUGGAGCUCGAUGCAGGGAAACAACGGGCUGUACGAUUUUACCGGGUACACCAUGCCCCGAUAA